AUGACUGGUAUGAAUACGCAGGGAAUCUUUAAGUGCCAUUUGAGCUAUUCAGAGCUGGCGACUGUGUUUGAGGCCCUAGGUUGUUUUAGUGAUUUGCAGUGGCGAGCGACUGGCGAGGCACCAAGGCAGUUCUACUGGGCUAGAGUCCACCUCAUGCUCCACACGCCUCGACUGGGAUCAGAACUACAUACGUACCCUUGUUUACUGCGACGGCCAAUUACGUCGUGUAUGCAGUGUGUUGACCAAGGAGGGUCCAAGCGGCUUGCUUUGAAUUCUUCUGGCCGUCUUCGAGAAUCUAGAAUGGGUCACAGUCUCCAUAUUAAUCCAACAGGGGUGCAUGGAAGGCUGCAGUGCAAAGGGGAACCAAGAAUCAUUCUCGAAGGAAGCACAGUCUGA